AAUAGCAAGAUAAAUGCUGUAUUCUUGCAAGUCAUUGUUGCCUAUCUGUUAACAUUACCUGUGAAUCAAAAUAAUGAUUAGCCAGCUGAUGGGGAAUCAAUAUUAUGAUUAUCUGUUUAAAGUGAAUCAAUUCCUUGAUUGCCUUUCACUACCUAUAGAAUUCAAAUUGUUAUGAUAGGAGCAAUAUUAUUUUGCUUAGGAGAUAGUUCAAGCAUUUCUGUUCAAGAUCAGGCAUGCUCCUUCUUGAAACACUCUCUUAUUUUUAUGUGAUUGGGUUCAACAGGCAUUAUUAUUAACCCCAGAUCAAGAUACCAAUACCAGUCGAAGUCAUGGUGGUGGAGGUAGGCGAGCAUGAGCAGGCGAUGGAUUCUGGUGCUGCACAUUCUGAAGACGCAUCUUCAGACAUGGAGGAAGUUGAAGACGUCGCCACCUCUGCACCAGCAGAAGGCAAUGAGGGUUGGGCGGACGUCAUGUCCCGGCUCCUAAGUGCACCAGCGCCGAAAAAGAAGUAUGUCAUCCUCUCAAAGGCCAAAAAAGCGUUACCAAAGGAUGAUGCAGAGGACGAACCAGAAGAGGAAGCCUCCGAUCCGGGCUUCGAUGUAGAAGGCGCGGAGGCAGCGCCGAUUGAGAAGAAGAAGCGAAAGACUGCCAGGUCGCAUGCGGCGAAACGUAAAGAAUUGGUUGAAAAGCGGAAAAAGCUCAGAGAAUGGGAAAUGAUGGGACGAAAGAAGCCAGACAUUCGAGAAAAAGAUCGAGAAAGAACCUUGUGCAAAAUAGCAACACGUGGCGUGGUGCAGCUGUUUAACGCCGUCAGGAAGCAGCAGGCCGAGGUGCAGAGCCAGCUGAAGGAGGCCGGCGGCUCCCUGAGGAAGACUGAGAAGGCCCUGAAGGCGGUCAGCAAGCAGACGUUCAUGGACCGGCUCCGGGAUGGCGCCGAUGCCGAGCCGGCAGAACAGUCGGCUGAGUCGGGUGACCGGGCCACGUGGAGUGUGCUGCGUGACGACUACCUGCCCGAGGCCGGCCACAAGGACUGGGACCAGGACAGCGACGCGCAGGAGGACAGCGGCUCGGCAGGCGACUCGGACGACGAUCUCUGAGCGGACGACGGGCUGGGCUGGGACAAACUGUGAGCGGACAGCUGGUUGGGCUGGGGAUCAGUCAUCAGUCAUCACUGCACUGACCGGGCACUGCGGUGCGGCUGUCAAUGUUGCGAGCUGCCGCGCCCCGGUGUCCCUGGUGCGAUGGUGUCAGUUGUCUCCUCGGCAUUGUUGGCUGCAGAUUGUAUUUUACCUGUAUGUGCUUUUUUGCAGUAAUAUAUGACCGCAAAUGUA